UUGCUCUCCACUAAUGAGCAGGCCACCUUGGUUAAUAUUCACUAGCCGCUUCCUGGUGCCCCUCUGCAUCGCUACUUAAAGAUGGACCAGGACAGGGCUCUGGUCCUCAGCCUGCAUCUCUGCCGCUGGGCCUGGAACCGAGUUGACAAUGCCGUCCGCUAUUCCCCGAGGCCUCCUGCUCCUGGCAGGCCUGUGCUGCUUGGUGUUUGGCAUCAUGGCUGAGGAUGCUCAGGUGGCACAAGGACCCAGCCAACAAAUCCCCCGGAGCCUGGCCCACUUUGCUCACAGCAUGUACCGGGUGCUGACUCAGCAGUCCAACACCAGUAACAUCUUCUUCUCCCCCGUGAGCAUUGCCACGGCCUUGGCCAUGGUCUCCCUGGGAGCCAAAGGGGACACUCACACGCAGAUCCUGUGGGGCCUGGAGUUCAACCUCACCGAGAUAGCUGAGGCUGACAUCCACGAUGGCUUCCAGAACCUUCUCCACACCCUCAACAGGCCCCACAGCGAGCACGAGCUGACCACUGGCAACGGCCUCUUUCUCGACCAGAAUCUGAAGCUCAAGGAGAAGUUCUCGGAGGACGUCAAGACCCUUUACCACGCAGAAGCCUUCCCCACCAACUUCAGCAACCCCAAAGAGGCCGAGAAACAGAUCAACGCCUACGUGGAGAAGGGAACCCAAGGGAAAAUUGUGGAUUUGGUGAAAGACUUGAGCGCAGACACAGUUCUUGCCCUGGUGAAUUACAUUUUCUUUAGAGGCAAAUGGGAGAAACCCUUUGACGUUAAGCAUACCACGCAAGAGGACUUCCUCGUGGACAUGAAUACCACUGUGAAUGUGCCCAUGAUGAAGCGGCAGGGCAUGUACAAAGCGUUUCACUGCAGCACCAUCCAGAGCUGGGUGCUGCUCCUGGACUACGAGGGCAAUGUCACCACUCUCUUCCUCCUGCCAGACAAGGGCAAAAUGCAGCACCUGGAGGAAACACUCACCCCGGAGCUCAUCUUCAAGUUCGCGCGAAAGACAGAGAGAAUGUUUGCCAAUGUGCAUCUCCCCAAACUGUCCAUUUCUGGAACCUACGACCUGAAGGAGGUCCUGGGCCACUUGGGCAUCACCAAUGUCUUCAGUGGUGCUGCCGACCUCUCUGGGAUCACAGAGGACAUGCCCCUGAAAAUCUCCAAGGGCUUGCACAAGGCAUUGCUGACCAUCGACGAGAAGGGGACGGAGGCCGCGGGGGCCACAGAGCUGGAGAUCACGCCCCAUUCUGUGCCACAAGACCUGUUCUUCAACAAGCCCUUCCUCUUUCUCAUCAUCGAUCAUUCCACCGACACGCCCCUCUUCGUGGGGAAGGUGAUGGAUCCCACAAAGAAGUAACUGCUCUCGGGCUUAAGUCCCCAGCCAGCCCCAUCUCCCCUCGCCCUGGUGAUAUUAAACAAUAUGAAUACCA